UAUAUAAAAGGCGCGGGCUCGCGGGGACUCGGCGCGACGCUGGGGAAGGGAAGGCAGGAGCCAUCCAGCGAGGAGAAAGACGACCAUGGCCAAGGAGUGGGGCUACGCCGACCACAACGGUCCUGACCACUGGCCGGAACUUUUUCCAUUUGCCAAGGGGAACGAACAGUCACCCAUUGAGCUGCAUACUAAAGACAUCCAGCAUGACCCUUCUCUGCAGCCCUGGUCAGUGUCUUAUGAUGGUGGCUCUGCCAAGACCAUCCUGAACAACGGGAAGACCUGCAGGGUGGUGUUUGAUGAUACCUAUGACAGGUCAAUGCUUAGAGGUGGUCCUCUCUCCGGACCCUACCGACUUCGCCAGUUUCAUCUCCACUGGGGCUCCUCGGAUGAUCACGGCUCUGAGCACACCGUGGAUGGAGUCAAGUAUGCAGCAGAGCUUCAUUUGGUUCACUGGAAUCCAAAGUAUAACACUUUUAAAGAAGCUCUGAAGCAGCAUGAUGGAAUUGCUGUGAUUGGCAUAUUUCUAAAGAUAGGACGUGAGAAAGGCGAGUUUCAGAUUUUCCUUGAUGCACUGGACAAAAUUAAGACAAAGGGCAAGGAGGCGCCCUUCACGCACUUCGACCCGUCCUGCCUGUUCCCCGCGUGCCGGGACUACUGGACCUACCACGGCUCCUUCACCACCCCGCCCUGCGAGGAGUGCAUCGUGUGGCUGCUGCUGAAGGAGCCCAUCACAGUGAGCUCCGACCAGAUGGCCAAGCUGCGGAGCCUCCUCUCCAGCGCCGAGAACGAGCCCCCGGUGCCCCUUGUGAGAAACUGGCGCCCUCCGCAGCCUAUCAAGGGCAGGCUGGUGAAAGCCUCCUUCAAAUGAAGAGGCGGGAUCUUGCCCUCUUCAGGAAAGGAAACCUGCCACUGGAGAGCUUGCUUCCUCGCCUCCCUCGGGGCUCCUUCCUCUAAGCAUAGUUCCUUUCUCUGCGCUGAGCAGUGAGUGUGAGAGGCGCAGUCACCAAGAAACCAAAGUUCCGUUUGACAAGAUCUAACAUGAAAGUAUAGAUUUCACAUUUGCCUUUUGUAAUCAUCAUCCUCCCUGUAAAAGUAGAAUUUGUAGGAAGGUUUCCAAGAAGACGCUGAGAUGGAAAAGUAAAGAUACAGAAAAAUGGCGAUCGGACACCACUUUUCUGCCUUCUUAACUCUAGUAGAACUUUAGCUUUCCUAUUUUCAAAUUACGCGUAGUCCAUCUUAAACCACGAGCAGUUCUAUAUGUAGGAGGGCUUUCUGAAAUCGUAUAUCAAUAAAGCAUAAACGGGAAAUUAAAGUGGCUCAGGACACCAAGAAUUGAGAUGAUAAUGUGUCUUAACUCUUAACACCAACAAGAAGUCCAUCACUUAUUGAACUUUGAACUAAGAUUCCUUGGUUUUAGCUGAGCUCUUUGAAAAGAAAGGAAAACCCAGGAAGACCAGGAGUUUUAAAAAGUUUGAUCCAAUAUUUGACUUUCUUCUCCACAAAGGUGGUUGACUUUAUCCUAGUAUCUUUCUUUACCUGAAGGAGGGCCAUUUAUUUUUAAUUUCAUCACUUUUAUCUUUGCAUGACUAUUAAAAUAAGAACUGCCUCCGAUGCCUUUCUGACGUGAGGCAGGAAUGAACGAUUCCUAGAACGUGAAGGCGUGAAUGACGACGCUCGGAGUGAACGCAGUUGUUCUGAUCACCAAAACCAAUAAAGACGUGGAUGCAAAA